AUGUAUCUGAACAUCUUUCUCCAAGCUUCCGAGGAAUCGCCUAGCCUCGUAUCUCAGGGCGGUAAACUAGCCACAUUCUUUCGUGCGAUCAUCCAUGGGAAGUUGUCCCAGCCACCGCCAGUGGAACUUGUCGACCACUGCCGACUUUUUAGUCAGCAAAAUAAAGAGGAUGGGGAAAAGGCGAAUGCUGAGGAGAUGACCCCACCGGAGAGUGGAGAGUUGCAUGCCAAACCUGCAGAAUCACCUUUAGGCCAGGUUCCAGUAACGGCAAGUCCUGGGAAAGCAGUCCAAGUCGAUGCACUCAUACACAGGAUUCGUCAAUUUUCGUAUUUACUGGUUUUCAUACUACACGAGCCCAAGGGGAACAAAGGAACAGCAUCUGUGUUUGGGACUGCUCUCUGCAAGAACCUCGAGACAUCCCUCAAAGAUUAUGCCGUUACGGCCGAGGCUCUCAUCAAAGGCCUGAAGAUGGCGGUGGACCUUGGACAAUGGAGGAAUCGCAAUGGGAUACGAGCCCAGCUUGACUUUGCGAAGAACAAGUGGGAAUUCAUCCAAGGAAUGAUGGAGGUGCUGUUAGCACAGACCCAUUCAAAGACAAUGACGGAGGUCAUUUUGAAUGCCUUUUCAAGUUCACAAACCAUGCACAUGCCUACUCUAGCAAGUUUAGAUGACGAGGAUGCGAGUCUGCUCCUCUCAGAUGGAAUUGUGCCAUCAUACUACUCAUGA